AUGUCUACUCUCUCCUCAAAACUGGCUUCAAAUGCUACCUCCUUUAUGAAGCCUUUCAUUUCCAGGUCAGGGAACCAUGUCCCCCCCUCUGGGGUCCCGUGGCACCUUGAUUAUGGGUCUCUUAGGCCUGUUACCCUUGCCAGGUUGGGAUUUCUGGAAACCCUGCUUCCCUGUCAUCCUUUUCAGCCUGGCAUUCCGGGCCAGGGGUUGGUUAGUCCAGGGCCGUGGAGGAGCUGGCCUGUGACUGAGUGGCUCCUAUCUCCCUGCCCUGUGUGGACUUGGCCAGAUAGUUGGGCUGCCCCCACGUAGUCUGCCUGGUGGCCCCGAGGGGAGGGCCCCUUCUUUGGCUGCCCCUAAUGCCGCAGUCACUGCCUGCCGUCGCCACAGCCUUGGCAGAGCUGACAUCUGUCCUGUGGCUGGGAGUCAUUUAUCCGAGGGUCUCUGUCCUGUCCACGAAUGUGGUCAUCACAGCUCCUCGGAGUUCCUGGGGCCUAGCACUGAUCCCGUUUUGAAACUCUUUACUUGGGAUGCUCCUGGGCACGGGGCCUUCAGGGCUUCCCAGGAGGGCAUCUGAGACUGGGAAUCAGCUUGAAGCUGAACAGUCACUCUUUGUUGAAAGGAAAAUUGCUAACGUUUGUAGGACACUUUAUUGUGUGUGCCAGCCACCGUUUCAAGCAUUUACAAAUACCGACCUCCGUAGUGCUCAGAACAGCACUCUGAGGUGAUAAUUAAUCAUCCCUUUUCUGUAAGCAGGGACUGGGAGGCUCUGGAGAGCUUGAUGACUUGUCUUCGCCCUCUGCCGGUAGGGGGUGGUCAGCCCUAGAGCCCAGGCUUAAAGCCACCCACUGUGAGGGCUGAAGACCCCAGGCCAGACGAUUUUUGGAGAGAUUGGGGUUUAAAGAAGUGGGUGGGAGCACAAAGGGGAGCAGUUCCAAGCCCUGCCUGAGCCCUGGCUGUUCCGGCUGUGGGGGCCUGCUGGCGCCCGCUCCGUGCUGGGACGGCCGCGGAGGCGAGGACCAAGGGAUGGGGCGGGAGUAGGGGCAGGAGGUGCCCUGGCAUGACUUUCCAGAACUGGGUCCCAACGCUACCUCAGCCAAUUCCCGACUGUUUCAGUGGAUCCCCCACCCCUUUGUCCCGCGGGGCCGCCUCCCUCAGGAGUGCUGAGCCCAUGGGCCAGGCUGUCCCCAGGGGCGGGGAGUUGAAGGCCCUUCGGAUCCGUAGUGGGCCUGGGAGAUGCUGGGAGAUCCGCGUGGCGCCUGUCCGGAGAGGUGAUCCGGCCGAUGUCCAGGCCGGGGCCGUGCUGCUGGCCACAUUGGAUGGCCAGCGGGGCAGUACCGAGACUCCAGUCUGAGACUCCAGGCCGGACUCAGCGGCGACCCGUCUCGGGCUCCUCUGCCCCUCACCUGCCGAGACCCGCUGGAAUUGGGGGGCUGGGCGGCCGCAGUGACCGCAGCUCCCCAGGAGCCCCCUGCCCGGCCCCCCCAGGCGGGUGGCGGAAUUGGCCGGGCUCCUGGGCGCGCCAUGCGCAGCACCACACUCCUGGCCCUGCUGGCGCUGGUCCUGCUCUACCUGGUGUCCGGUGCCCUGGUGUUCCAGGCCCUGGAGCAGCCCCACGAGCAGCAGGCCCAGAGGGAGCUGGGGGAGGUCCGAGAGAAGUUCCUGAGGGCCCAUCCAUGUGUGAGCGACCAGGACCUGGGGCUCUUCAUCAAGGAUGUGGCUGAUGCCCUGGGAGGGGGUGCGGACCCUGCCAUCAACGCGACCAGUAACAGCAACCACUCAGUCUGGGACCUGGGCAGCGCCUUCUUUUUCUCAGGCACCAUCAUCACCACCAUCGGCUAUGGCAACGCAGCCCUGCGCACAGAUGCCGGGCGUCUCUUCUGCAUCUUUUAUGCGCUGGUGGGGAUCCCGUUGUUCGGGAUCCUGCUGGCGGGGGUCGGGGACCGGCUGGGCUCCUCUCUGCGCCGCGGCAUCGGUCACAUCGAAGCCAUCUUCCUGAAGUGGCAUGUGCCACCGGGGCUGGUGCGAAUACUCUCGGCGGUGCUCUUCCUGCUGAUCGGCUGCCUGCUCUUUGUCCUCACGCCCACGUUCGUGUUCUGCUAUGUGGAGGGCUGGAGCAAGCUGGAGGCCAUCUACUUCGUCGUAGUGACGCUCACCACGGUGGGCUUCGGGGACUAUGUGGCCGGCGCCAGCCCCAACCAGAGCAACGCAGCCUAUCAGCCGCUGGUGUGGUUCUGGAUCCUGCUCGGCCUGGCCUACUUCGCCUCCGUACUCACCACCAUCGGAAACUGGCUGCGAGUAGUGUCCCGCCGCACUCGGGCAGAGAUGGGCGGCCUCACGGCGCAGGCCGCCAGUUGGACCGGCACGGUGACGGCGCGGGUGACCCAGCGAGUCGGGCCCACGGCACCACCGCCUCUGGAGAAGGAGCGGCCACUCCUGCCCCCACCGCCGUGUACUGCGCAGCCCGCCGGCAGGUCCCCGUCCCCGCUCCCCGCGAAGGCCGAGCCGCCCUCUCCGUCCUCCCCAUCCACCCCGCCCACGGCCUCGGCGCUGGAUUACCCCAGCGAGAACCUGGCCUUCAUCGACGAGUCCUCUGACACGCAGAGCGAGCGCGGCUGCGCGCUGCCCCGCGCGCCACGGGGUCGCCGCCGCCCCCCUAACCCUCCCCGUAAGCCGGCGCGGCCGCGGGGCUCGGGGCGCCCGCGGGAAAAAGGCGUGCCGGUGUAGGGGCAGGCCCCCCUGC